CUGCGCCAUCUGGACGAGCAGGUGGUGGAUGUGCUGCUGGCGCGCAUGGUGAACCACGGGUCGGCGGUCACGGUUGCGGAUGCUGGGCUGGCGGUGCGGGCGUGUGCGCAUCUGAACUACCGCUCGCCCUGGCUGGUGGCGCUGUUGGAGGCGGUGCUGCCCAGGAUGAAGGCCGAGCCCCACCGUGUCAUGGCUCACAACAUGCUGUGGAGCCUCAUGGCCCUCAACCUGCUGCCCGACCCGCAGCUCCGCCCCCUGAUCGCCUUCCUCACCUCAUGCCUGCGUCGCUUCGGCACCUCCAGCUGGGCUGCCUCGCAGCAACAGCAGCAGCGGCUGCGGCUGGAGCGGCUGCAAACCUCCAGCACCUCUGCCUCCGCCGUGCUUGCUGCUGCUGCCGCUGCUAGGGCUUCUGCCAGCAGUAGCAGCGGCAGUGGUGGUGGCAGCGGGGGUGGGGGUAGCAGCCGUAGCAAUCCGGAUGUGUUGCUGGAUUAUACCUGGAGGGAAGACGUCAGUCAGCUGUACCAGUAUUACUUGGAGUGUCAGCUGCUGGGACUGAGUGGGCUUCCGGAGUAUGAUCUGGGUCCGGCGGAG